AUGCGCUUUAUCCCAACACCAAUCUAUUCUUCGUUGAGACAUCACACACAGAUCAAGAUGGUGACUUCUGAGCCCGUCAGUCCCCUUGUGGAGCGACUCAUUCGGGAUCUUACCCUUAAAGAGAAGGUCUCUUUAGUUGCUGGCCAGAACAUGUGGCAGACUUCAGGGGUUGAACGGCUGGGUAUUCAACCUCUUCAAACCACCGAUGGCCCUGCAGGAGCUCGCGGCACGAAGUGGAACUAUGGCUCCCUGACUACUUUCAUUCCAUCUGGGAUCUCGCUUGCAGCCACGUUCGAUCCAUUGAUCGUUGAGAAAGUCGGCAAUGUACUCGGCGAGGAGACCCGACGCAAGGGCUGCCACGUCUUGUUGGCCCCGACAAUGAACUUCUCACGCUCUCCACUAGGUGGCCGAAACUUUGAAAGUUACGGAGAAGACCCUUUCCUCAUUGGCACCAUUUCCACUGCGAUCAUCCGCGGUAUUCAGAAUCAAGGUGUCGGAGCAUGCAUGAAGCAUUUCAUUCUCAACGAUACCGAGACCCGGCGUUUCAAUGUCGAUCAGACUAUUGACGAACGCACACUGAGGGAGGUGUACAUGAAGCCAUUCUCUAUGGUUCUUGAAGCGGCUCCGUGGACUGCCAUGGUCAGUUAUCCAAAAGUCAAUGGCGUGCACGCCGAUAUGAGCUCUUUUGUCCUUCAGAAGCUCCUUCGUGAAGAGCUGCAGUUCGACAGACUGGUCAUGAGUGAUUGGGGAGGUUGCAACAGUACUACCGAGAGCCUCAUUGCUGGUACAGAUCUUGAAAUGCCAGGACCGGCUAUUCGCCGAGGAGAGUUAUUGAUUUCCGCUAUCCGAGAUGGACAAGUCGAUGAAGCAAAGCAUUUGGACACCAGUGUGCGUCGCGUUUUGCAGCUUCUUGAGCGGGCUGGGCUUCUUCCUUCUCUGGCAUGGCUGAAUGGAGAAGCGGAGCUGCCACAGGAAGAAGAGAAAACCCCAGAGCAACCAUCUGAUGACAGCGCAUUCCACAAAACCGUUCGAGACGCCGCGGAGGGCGGCUUAGUCUUGCUGAAGAAUGACAACAUUCUCCCACUCCAGCCAUCCAAGCUGAGCAAGGUCGCUAUCCUGGGACCCAAUGCGCGGAAGCCAACGGCAGGUGGCUCCGGUAGUGCUGCCGUCAACCCAUUCUACGUCACAACACCGGAGGAGUGCCUGACAGAAGCCAUUCAUCAAUCUCACCCUGGAGUUGAGGUGUCCUACGACCAGGGAAUACCUUUCACUUUGCGACCACCUUUCUUCGACAGUGCCCUUCUUGUGCCUGAUCGCUCGAAGCAAGGACUUCAGGUAGAAUUCUUUGCAGGUCACGAGUUUGAAGGCCCCGUCAUCGAUACCACAUUCUGGCCCAACUCUAUGCUUUACAUGAUGAGUGAUGGGGAUGUGCCUCCUUCUCUCAAGCGCAAACCAUACUGUUACAGAGCUACUGGAGUCAUCGCUCCGAAGGUAUCUGGUCAACAUACUGUCAGUAUUGCGAACACAGGAAAAGCCAAGCUAUUUAUAAAUGGUGGACUGUUCAUUGACAACACCGACUGGACAACGAUCACUGGCGGUUUCCUCGGCUGUUCAAGUGAAGACAAGACGGCGUCACUGCGCUUGGAAGCAGGAAGCUUCUAUACCUUGCAGGUAGACAAUGUUGUCACAUUGCCACUUGUGGAAUCCUUUGACAACACCCUCUUCCCGGCGGUAUCUGGUCUUCGCCUCGGUCUUAGCCUCGACGAAGAUGAGGAUGAGAUGCUCGAGCGUGCCGUGCAGUCUGCCCGCGAAUCAGACGUUGCUAUCCUCGUUGUUGGUCACAACAAGGACUCUGAAGGCGAGGGUGGCGAUCGCCCAGAUAUGGAAUUGCCAGGACGUACCAACGAGCUUGUCUCCGCGGUAUGUGCCGCCAAUCCCAACACGAUCGUUGUUGUUCAGGCAGCCAGUGCGACCGCAAUGCCCUGGGCCGACAAAGCCAGUGCUAUUGUGUUGGGCUGGUAUCAAGGCCAGGAGAACGGACAUGCCUUGGCCAACGCCUUACUGGGUCAUUGCAACUUUUCUGGGAAGACUCCCAUUACCUUCCCAAAGAAAUUGGCCGAUCAUGGCUCCGAUGAAUGGUUCCCCGCUGAAGCAGCCAAGGACCGUGCCGUUUUCGGUGAAGGGGUUCUGAUGGGAUAUCGGUCGUUCGAUGAACGCAAGAUUGAGCCAUUGUGGCCCUUCGGGUUUGGAUUGUCUUAUACCACGUUUGAGUUGUCCAAUAUCCAUGUCGAGGGUCCAUUGAGCUCCUCUUCAUCGGAGGUCAAUGUUCAUGUCACCAUUAAAAACACUGGUUCGUGCAGUGGACACGAAGUCAUCCAGGUAUAUGCUUCACCUUCUGUCGCUAUCCGUGAGAAUGGUCUUCAGAGCUUCCAGAAGACACUGGUCGGCUUCACGAAAGUACAAGUACAUUCUGGUGAGUGUAGGGAUGCAAGCAUACCUAUCCGAAGUGAAGACUUCAAGUGGUACGAUGCGGAGGCUGCAUCGUGGCGCCUUGAUGCCGGAACUUACACUCUCUUUGUCGGUACGAGUGUGAAUCAUAUCCAGCAGGAGUUGAAGCUGGACAUAGUCUAG